UGCUGUCUCUCUAUCAAGGAAGAGGAGGAUUCUCUGCAAAGAAAGGAAAAAGACGGUGACAAUAAAAGAAAUGCAUCGGACCAAACAGCAAUGGCAGAAAGCGAGAAAAAGCGGUUGAAGGCACGCGUAGGUCAGCAGACCACGGCUCUACCCAUCAACGAGAGCGACCUUGAGGCGUCUUCUUACUCUACGGUUCUUGAGCCUGAAGUGAUUGCUCGACAUAUAGCUGGUCAUCUCCGAACAAUCAUGCUGCUAACACUCAGAAUCAUUUCAAUUGAUGGACCUGUGGAGGUUUCAUCAGACAAAGAAAGUGUAUCAGGGAAGACUGACGACCAAUUAUCCCAGGUCGCAUCCAGCCACGGCGAUCUGGGGGAUACAAGCGACAUCUGGACAACGUCUUCACAUCUCGAGGAAGAUCUAGCGGAAGGGUAUCGGCUUCAAGAUAUUGAAGAGCCAGCUCCUGAGGGCGAUGAGGCCAUCGCUUGGGAUCAUAUCCGUGGCAAGGAGGAUAGCCCCAUUGACGACUUUUUGCAUCAAGCUGCAGAACAGGGCGCGUUCCAGUCUCACUUGGAUGAACACAAGAACAGAGCUGCGGAGACUCUUUGGAUAAGUGGUGGCUCUAAGAGAGACCCUCAGGAGAAAGCUAAACAGACCCUAUCGGAGAGCAAAGAUGCGUACCGCAUUGCUUGGAGGGCAUUUGAGAAGCUAUCUGAGCGCGAGCAGCAUCUUGCUCUAAGGGCCUUCCAGUGGGUUCUAUGCUCAUAUCAGCCUCUGAAUACUCAGCAACUCUCUAUGGUAAUGCUUAUCGAUCCAUACUCAGAUGAGGUUGAUGAGCUCAAUGGGGAAGCUGAGAGACUACUUCGGAGAGGUGGAAUCAAUGACUUGUGUGGCAGCCUCAUCACCUAUGACAAGCAAACCGAGAUCUGGCACUUCAAAAGUUUGACUGCGGCAGACUACUUCGAGACAACCCAUUGCGAGUUCGGAAAGGCUUUUGCGUUUAUCGCUAUGGCCUGUCUGAAAUUUCUCAUCACGGAUCCUUGCGCGUUGAACAAGACCACCUGCCAGUGUGCCGGAAAUGCUGCACCAAACUCUGGACCUUCCCAGUACCCUUGCAGUCUUAUCAGAUCCCAUGCCAUAAGACAUGUUCAAGAGACUGAAAGGGACCCGACCAGUCACGACUCGAGGCUAGCAGUCCUCGAGAAGCGCUUUUUAGGCUCAGCAAAAUCCAGCAGCACUGCAUACCAAGCCUGGGCCGAAACGUGGGGCAUGAUAGUUCUAACGGAUGAAAAUUACCUCAAGCCAGUCUCCUCCCCUCUAUUCGCAAUGGCGGCCUUCGGAUUGCAGCGUUUGCUCUCUGAUUGGUGGCUUGAUCCUGAGACAGACUUGGAUAUCUGCAAUGCCCAAGGCAAUUCGAUUUUGAAUCUGGCAAGCAUCCACGGCCAAGAUGCAAUCAAAGAUGUCAUUAGGGCUCGUAAUGGCAAUUCUUGGGCUUACAGACCGGAACCUUCUCCCACAACCACUCAACAAGGGUUUAGCCGCGAGGGAACAAACAACGAGGGCACUUUAACUGGCCGCAAUCCUGGGUUCUUUUCAAGCAGGGGCCGAAAACUCCGGGUUCUUCGAGGGGUUCUAGGCGGUCCCAACAUCCGCUAG